AUGGCAAGGAAAGUGUACAUUGUGGACUAUAGUGGUCAAAAAAAAUGGAUCUUAUUUGCCUGCACAUUAUUACUUAUUGUAAUUGCUACCAUUGUUGUACCGGUUACACUAAUAAUAAUUAAAAGCAGUCAUCAUCAUUCAGACGACAAUGAAACUGAGGCAACAACAAGCAGAAUAGAAAACACAAAGAUAAUACCUGCCGAAACUAUCGUUCUAACAGUAAGUACAGCUGAAGGUAAACAGAAUAAAACUGAAGGAAUGUUAUACAGGGAUAAAAUAUUAACAAUUGUUGAGAAAGUAAUAGAAAGGAACGAUAAUCCUUGUGCAACAUAUGUCAUCGAAGAAAUCAAUGAUAAAACAACUUUUAGCAAAUUGCUAUCGAAGACGGAAGUUAUUUGUGAAUUAGAAAACAUUUUUCAUGAUGUGAAGUCGAAUAGUGACAUUAGUGUUACGAAAGCAAUUGAAUCAUUUCGUAAAAUUCCAUGGUCAUCACGAAUUACAAACAUAAUAUUUGUUCCGGAUGUGGCUAUGUACAGAAACCGGAAAAUGUAUAAGAAUGACAUGAAGUCUGCGAAAGAUUUAUUAAAACAGAUGGCAGAAGAGAAUCCAAUUAGUUCGCCUCGUAUUAUUAUCGGUAAUCCAGUAUAUUUCCAGAAUAUUGACACCUUGAGCGCAUAUUCUUCACAAAUGAAUGUCGAUCAAUUAAUAGAAGCUAUCUUACACGCAUUACAAACUAAGGACUUUACGACACCAGAAGAUUUGCUUACUUCAACAGCUUCAACCAAUGAAUAUGAAACUGGAACGAGUACCAUUCAUGGCGAAAUAGAAUUCGAAGAUAUUAUUAAUUCAACUGUAACUUCAUCCGAUCUAUUGAUGACAGUAACCGAAUCAGAAUGUGUAUCAUCCAGAAUAUUGGUAUGA